GUGAAGCAAUGAGUGAAUCAAUGAAGCAGAGCAGAACUCACCAGCUCGUCAUUGGUGAGGAACGAUGCGUUGGUCAGCCUGCACCGGUCGUUGCUGUAGUCGAUGGCGCGUGCUGCCCUCCCCCCUAUCAGCGCUGCCGAUGCAGCCGCCAACGCCCCACGCCACAGUCUUCUUCUCCGACGGCCCCUCUCGGCCCAGGAACUCCGAGUACUCGUCGCUACCUGAUCAACACACACACACACACACACACACAAACAGACAGACUGACAGAUCGACAAGAGCCAGGGGUCUGUGCAGUGUUGUGUUGCGUACCUCCGUUGCCCUCUUGUCCGUCGUUGGGAUCCAUAUCAUCGUCAUCGUCAUCGCCGCCACCAACGUCUCCAUCUGCACCAUCCAUCCACGUGUGUGUGUGUGUGUGUGUGUUGCUCUCUCCCCACCGUCAUCGUCGCCAUAGUCGUCACCCUCACUCUCAUCAACCCCGUCCUCAUCUACACCACACAGACAGAGAGGGAAGGCACAUCCAUCCAUCCAUCCAUGUGUGUGUCCCUCCCUCUAUCCCUCCCUCUGUCUUCCGUACCAUCGUCGUCACUGUCGUCGCCCCCCUGCUGCUGGGGCUGUGGCUGUGGCUGCUGCGGCGGCUGUUGUCCGUCGAACACGUGAGGCCCCACAGCCUCCAGCACCACACGAGCCAGGGCGGUCGUCUGGGGGAAGCGGUCCUUGAAGGCACCACCCUCACCAGACACAGGCGCCUCGGUCGUCCACACACUCACCUCCACUGCAGACACACAAGGAAGAGAAUGUUAGUGGCACGUGACCAGCAGAGCUGCCUGUCUGUCUGUCAGCUUGACCGAUGUUUGCGUAGUCGCCGAGGUGAAUCCAUGCGACGAAGUUGUGGGUGCUCUUGGUGAGCACCAGGUAUCGCAGAGGACGACCGUGCUGGCGGCUGAACGUGGUGCUGCAUCCCGCCACCGGUGUGUGUGGCGACUGGCUGAGGAGGGCAUCCAGACGGCCGCCGCCAACAUACCUGAACCAACCACACCAGACGCGCACACAAUCAGACACGCACCCCUCUCAAACACAGUGCCAUCGGUGGGUUUACCUGUCGAGGAGUCUCCAUGUGCGAUAGGUCUUGUGAGUGUGGUCGAAGUGGUCGAGGAUCAAACGCUUGGCGCACGACGACACCGACGCAUCGGUGAAUCGCCCCCCACUCCGCCAUAUGCCGCAGCGCUCCCAGUAGUGGAUGUGGCUACGCACUGGCGGGUCGUCCUGUAGUCGGUGUUGCCGGUACGGGUGGUCGGGGAAGAGGGGCGGGUCGACCUCCAGGUCGAAGUCGGGCUCGUCAUUGAUGGCCCGCACCUCGUGGCCAUGGCGGAACAGCUCCAGCCGGCUGCUGUCAGCGAAGUCCACAUGACGCCCCACCACCAUCAGCUGCGUUACCACACGGGGAAGCGACAUAUACGCCUACACACACGACAAUACACACAGAUGAGCAAAUGAGGCCCUUUCUUGCCCUUCCUCCCUCCCGCCCUGUGAGUCCCACCGUCUUGUCGGCGUGUUUGUUGAUGUCGGCAGCAGUGAGGUUGACGGGCAGCGUGCAGCGUCCACAGUGGCUGGCCCACCGCAGCACCUCAGCCACCUCCUCCCACCUCUGCUGCUCCACCAUCCACAUGGCCGCCAGCAGCAGCCGCGCCUCGGUCACCGACUGCGGGUCGAAGGCCAGCACGGUGUCCAGCGGGGUCCCAUCGGCGAGCCGAAUGCGAUGGAGUGACCAAUUGAGUCGGCUGCGGAGCGUCUGGGAGUGGUCAUUGCCGACGUAGAGCGCUGCAGUCCUGAGGCGGCCGAUGUCCUUGGCCUCGUCGUAGAGCUGAUAUCUGUCGUCGCGGUGAAUGAAGUCAAGGCACUGGCCGUGGACGGACGGCGAGGCCUCGUCGCUGGUCUUCCGCGAGACGUUGCCCAUCGCCCUCACUGAAAGGCUACUCAAGUGUCUGCAUGAUCACACAGACACAACAAGAUGCUGUUUGCCAUGUGAUGGUUCGAGGAUGGAUUUGGUGUGGAAGGCACCUGACCUACCUAUGUAUCGUGAUGAGACGGAUCCGUCUUCAUGCUCAUGAUCCCCUUCUCGCCAG